CGUAGCUGUAGGUGCAGCACCGCUGGAUCCGACUGAUUGGUGCAGGGCUCAUCUAGUACGGUCAGACCUAUCUUAUCUUCGACUCCGUCAGGCCUCGGCACCUUUAUGAAAGCGUCUAUGUCGCCGACCGCUGGAAAAUUCUGCGGUAAUUCGACGAGACCGACGUCACUGGAUGUGCAUUACUGUUAAUUAGCAAUAGUAAUAAGUGUAUGAUUUAUAAACAACUGUAAUACCAAUUUAAAAAAUUCUCAAGAUUUGAUAAAAUUUUUCUACCACGUGUUCUUCAUAUUGUAAACGGCUUCGAUCGAGCUCAAUCUUUAUGUGCAUAAUUCACAUAAUCCAAGCAAAAGACACUGUCCGCGAAGAUAAAGAUGGCUUUCGUUUUAUGAUAGGCAAUGCAGACAAGUACAAUAAAUUGCUGAUGGGAGCUCACACGUCUCGUUAUCUACCGAUAACGCAUACGUCAAAUGGGUUAAUCGUCAUUAAAAAUGCCAAACCAAUCGAGACCUUUGCACGGCGACACCUUGGUGUUUGAAAUAACCGGAUGCGAAAUAUUCUGUAUCUUGGGAACGACGUCACGCGAUGGACCAAUCGAGUCGCCGCAAGUGUGGAAGCAGCUCGGUAAUUCCGUGGUUCUCGAGUACCAGAAGUUUAACGCUUCGCUCUUGGAAGAAUUCGUGGACAAUAUCAUAAAUGCGAAGAGGAGCCCGCAAACGGCGAGGAAUACGAAAAAGUCUGUGACAGGAUGCUGCGGCGCGAUGGCGUGUAUUUUCGAAUCUACAGUAUUGAGAUCCUCUUCUGCAGGAGCGAACCAUAUAAACUCACGGAAGGCAAAGUCCUGUGACACAAAACUAUAUUGUAGACAAAGUGGAUAUACUAACGAGGCUUUCCAGUUAGACGGUUUCGAUUCUCACGAAAAUAUUCCACCCGAUUACGCGACAGCGACGCAUCAAGAUAAGCAGCAGGAGCCACCUGAAAGUUCAACCACGGUCAUUAAGGAGGCGGAAUGGGGAGGUAGAUUAGAGUUUCUGAUGGCCUGUAUAGCUACUUCCGUUGGAUUAGGGAACGUGUGGAGAUUUCCGUUUACCGCGUACGAGAACGGCGGCGGCGCCUUCCUGAUACCCUAUAUCAUAGUGCUGAUUCUGAUCGGGAAACCGUUUUACCUCCUGGAGGGGCUCUUGGGACAAUUCACCAGUAGAUCCUGUGCAAAAACAUGGUACAUGACACCAGCUAUGAAGGGAUUGGGAUACUCACAGGCGUUCGGCGCGUUCUGCGUCGUUUCGUACUACUGCGCUUUGAUGGCAUUGACUCUGCAUUAUUUGGUGUCGAGUUUCCAAUCUGAAUUACCGUGGUCGAUCUGUCGUCCGGAAUGGCAGGACUAUUGUAUCGAUGUCUCGACGAACAAGAGCACCUCCGAGGAUCGUAACGUCACAGUUCGAAGUUCCGCGGAACUUUAUUUCAGGAAGAUAGUAUUAAAGGAAUAUGAGUCCAUCGAGGACGGUAUCGGCGUACCGUCUUGGCAGUUGUCGAUAUAUCUGUUCCUCAGUUGGGCUUGCGUCUUUCUGGUGCUUUUUCGCGGCGUAAAAAGCACAGGCAAAGCCGCGUAUUUCCUUGCGAUAUUUCCUUAUAUCGUGAUGACGGCGCUGCUGAUCAGAGCCGUCACUCUUGAGGGUGCCGUUGACGGCAUCCUGUUCUUCGUAACGCCGAAAUGGGACGCUUUGUGGAAACCCAACGUCUGGUACGCCGCUAUCACACAAUGUUUUUUCUCGUUGUCGGUCUGCUUCGGCCCGAUCAUUAACUAUUCAUCCUACAAUAAUUUCGGACACAGAGUGGACAGGGAUGUAAUGAUAGUGACCACGUUGGACACAUUCACCAGCCUGAUGGCUGGUUGCACUAUCUUCGGCAUUCUCGGUAAUCUAGCUCACGAGAUGAAAACGAAGGAUAUCGCCAAGGUGGUCCGCGGCGGCACUGGUUUGGCCUUCAUUUCCUAUCCGGACGCGCUAUCGCGUUUCACUUUUGUACCGCAACUAUUUUCUGUCUUGUUCUUCAUCAUGCUAUUGGUUCUUGGCAUUGGAAGUGCUGUCGCGCUAUGCGGCGCGACAUUUAGCAUCUUCCGCGAUCAUUUGCCCAAGAUGAGACAGUGGUUGUUGGUGCUUUGCAUCACCUGCUUCGGUUUCGUCGUCAGCCUCAUCUAUAUCACUCCGGGUGGUCAAUGGUUCAUAACUUUGAUCGAUUAUUACGGUGGUACUUUUGUGGCGAUAAUUGUCGGCGUUCUCGAGAUAACAACCAUUUUCUGGGUGUAUGGCCUCUCGAAUUUUCUCAAUGAUAUGGAAUUCAUGCUGGGCAAAAGACUAGGUUUUUACUGGCGUUCUUGUUGGCUCAUAAUCACGCCUUUGCUCAUGAUUGUUAUACUGAUUUAUACGUGCGUCACUUAUGAGCCACCUACAUAUGACGGUGCACAAUUUCCUAAUUAUGCCUACGGAAUAGGAUGGUUUGUGCUGAUACUGGGAAUAUCUCCUAUAAUAUGGUGGAUUUGCCAGAAAGUUAUUACGAAUAGAAUGUCGUCGUUUACCGAAUCCGUCAAAGCGGCAUUUCAGCCCGCGAGAGACAAAUGGGGACCUAAAAACCCGAAAAUACACACAGAAUGGGAAGCAUUUGUGACAGAAAAAAAGUUCGGAGCUCAAGGUGGUUUGAUGAAGAUAUUUUUUAAAAUCAUGUUACCGACACUGGCGGAACUCCCGGUAUAUUCAAGCUGUCUGUUCCAUUGUCAGCUGGCGGAAAUGAGUUCGAAGGCAGAAUCUCGUUGUCAGUCAAGGUGGAGGAGGAGAAGAAUGUGAGGGCCCAAUGGGGAAACGGAGUGGAGUUCCUCCUGUCAUGCGUGGCGUUCUCGGUUGGUCUUGGGAACGUCUGGCGAUUUCCGUACACGGCUUACGAGAACGGCGGCGGCGCCUUUCUAAUUCCCUACAUAAUAGUGCUCUU